AUCACAGUGCUAUAGUAUGAUAUUGUAACAAUACCGAACAGAGAGAAACUAGUAUAAACGCCUCUCAGCCUUUUGUAAGCCAACUGUGCUAUAAUACAGACGGCUUAUCGUUACUCUCGCGAUAACAACUCAAGCUGUGCAGGCGGCGCUGCGACGAUUUGCGGCAGCUCGAAUAAACGUCGGACAAUUGCGCUACAGGAAGUGCUGAAGCCGUCGACAGCGCCUCCUGCUUAUUGGAGUCUACGUAACUUCAACGGCCAGGGUAGCAUACCGUGCGUGUCUUAUCCAUCUAUCGCAUCGUAUGAAAUUCCUCGAGAGACGGGCAACUAUUUCGAACGAAGCCCUUCGUACGGUACAGCAACGCAAAACGUUCGCAAAACGACACGACUCGCGAAACAAAACGGUUGCAAAAUUGAUGGAGAGAACGGGUUGCAACGGAUCGAGCUGAGGGACAAAGCCGUGGCGUGUGGAAGACAAAGCCAAGUAGCGGUUCACGACAAUUUAGUCACUCAAGUCGAUCUUUGGGUUCACAGGAAACAGCUUUAUAAUUAUAUUAUAUACAAAAUUAUAUACAAAAUUUAUAAUUAUACAAAAAUGACUGAAUAUAUCGAACAAUGUAUCUUUUCUCGAAACCAUUUGCAACGAAAAUCACCAAUAAAGUCUCAUAUAUUUAUCGAAGAAGACGAAGUUGAUAAUGGAUCAUCGAUGUCUUUAGAUUAUCGAUUUGAAUCCGCUCGUUUGACCAGCUUUAAAAACUGGCCAUGUUCGUGGACAAAGCCAGAGGAACUCGCGGCGGCUGGAUUUUUUUAUACUGGCGAAAGCGACAAAGUGAAAUGUUUCGAAUGUAAUAUAGAAAUAUGCCAAUGGCGAGAAGAAGACAAUCCAAUGGUUGAUCAUCAGCGGUGGUCUGGAAAAUGUAGGUUUAUUCGUAAAAUACCAUGCGGCAAUGUGCCGAUCGGUACGGAUCCUAGCGCAAUUCCAGCGCCUGUACCUAAAGGAAUGGAUGUAUGUGGACCUUAUGGCUCAAUAUACAUGCCUUUUUCCGGUCCAGAUCAUGAAGAUCGAGAAAUUGAAGAAAGAGUGAAUUCUACAUUGAAAGAGCUCACAUCAAGACCGAAGCAUCCUGAAUACGCUAGUUAUGCUGCUAGAUUAGCAUCGUAUGAUAGAUGGCCUAAAGCAAUGUCACAAACUAAAGAAGAAUUGGCAACUGCUGGUUUCUAUUACACUGGAAGUGGCGAUCAAACAUUAUGUUAUCAUUGUGGUGGAGGAUUAAGAGAUUGGGAGCCAAAUGAUGAUCCUUGGGUGGAGCAUGCCAAAUGGUUCGAUUACUGUCCUUAUCUACUUUUGACUAAAGGAAUAGAGUUUGUGAGUAACAUUACGGGGAGAACAUAUAUCGGAGCAGAAAACAUACCUGAAGUUGAUAAAUUGAAUGAAAAAUUAGAGAAGGCUGAUAGUGAGAGUACUGCCAGCGGAAGUUCUCAAAAUUCAAUCAGUUCUGAAAUAACUAAUAAUACAGAAGCAAGUGCUGUAUCAAGUGAAGCUAAAAGCGAGGAACAAUCUGUCCAAUCACAGGGUGACAAACCAUGCGACAAGGAUGCAAGAUUAUGUAAAAUUUGCUAUAGUAGAGAAGUACGAAUUGUAUUUAUGCCAUGUGGACAUUUAUUGGCGUGUGCAGAGUGUGCGAAAAAUAUGAAAAUAUGCGGCGUAUGUCGUAAGAAUGUUGAACUUACUGUACAAGUGUACAUCUCAUAGUGUCUUUAUCCUUGUGAUAAAUAAUCGGAUUCUGAUAAAAUUUUCUACUUAUCAUCAUUAUAAAGACUGACAUUUUCAUGCAAAACUAAAUGACAUGACUCAUGUAGCAUACCGAUUAGCAGGUACAAACUAUAUAACGUUGAAGCUCUUGUUAAUGAAAUAUUAACUUUUCACGGUUAUUAUGGUCUCAAUAGAAAGGAUAUUCUGUUGUAAUAUUAACAAGUGAAUGUACUUUUUGUAAUCGUUGUACAAGUAAUAAAUGUUCCUAUAUUUAAAUAUAUAUAUAUAUAUAAAAAUACAUAUAGCUACGUAAUCGGUAUUGCAAAAAUUGUUAGUCGAUGUAUACAUAUGUGGCAUAUCACAAGUUUUCAUAUUUUAACUAUUGAAUAGCGCAAAUACAGGAAGUUGUUAAAAUCAGAAGAAAUAGGUUGUACCUGCAACGGAACGUUGCUAUUUGAACAUUUUCGAAUUUAUAUUGUUUCCAUUGCAACAUUUGUCGAAAAGGAUUUUGUGGAAGUCAAAGAUAAAGCGGCACCAUUGUACGAGUACAAAUAGCAACACGGCAUGAAGUCUAGUCAUUAGUAUUAUGUAAUGAUGAGAAAUAAGAUAUAUAUUCAUAUACAAAUAUAGAUUAUGAAUAUUUCUGCGUUUAGUUCAUGAUUGAAAUGGUAUAUUGGGCUAAAUGUUCGUAUGCAAAGAGAAAAAUAAAAACCUCCGUUAUAAAAUGAGUCUGGUUUAGGAGGUCAAGUCUAAAAAUAAUUUUGUAGAAAACGUAUUUCAUUUAUAAUUUUAAAUCGUUUUCGAAAUAUAGGAGAUGAGGACAGACUUUAUCGACAUUCUGUAGAUAGAAAUCGUUAUUCUUGGAGCGUUAAUGUUUGUAUCAAUAUGUAGAAUUGUUUCUAAAAUAAUCGUCACAUUUCUUUUGAUCUGUAUUGAAUUUUCUUCAAUAGCAAAUUGCGCAGUAAUAUACUUUUUCUUCGUGCUGAAUGUUAGUAAACUAACUUUGUUAGUCUUUCUAUUAUAAAUUAAUGAAGAAAUUCAGAAUUUAAUCUGCCAAUCUUUUUCUAAUUUCUGUUACAAUAGAAAUUCCGUUUACACAUAUUAACGUACUGCAAAUGAUUAAACACAUCACUGUCCAUAAGUGAAAUAUAUGAACCUUUAUCAUAACGAAUCUAAGCACUCCAGGGUAUGGUUGAUAAAAAUUAAUCCACGUUGAUACAAAAUUAACACAAUAUUCAAAUUCAAGGCUCCUGAUCUAUCGCUCUUACACAAUAUGAGGUAAGCUCUCAUUAAUAUGGCUGACAAUUAAAGUAUCCUUAAAGAAAUGCAACGUAAGAAUUUGUUAAUGUAAAUGUACGUGUCGUUAUUAUUAUUUCGUAAUAUAAUUAAUAAAUUUAGUAAUUCUAAGAUUAUGAAACACAAGAAAGAACUUUUGGCAUACUCGAUAGUAUAUAAAGGUAGCUCUUUACGACUACAUUGGUAGAUAUUUAUAAGUUAUUUCACAUAAGGUUAUUAUACAUUGAAUAAACCUCAGAUUUGAUCAUUUUAUAUAAAAGGCAUAAAGAAACAAUCACACAUACAAGUGAUCCACAAUUACACAAUUGAAUCGAGUUCCUAAAAGUUGAGAAUUCUAAGUUUAUAUCCACGAAUUGAUUAAUUACAAUUAGCAUCGAAAUUCUGAAACAAUUCAGUAUAUAUACAGGGCGACCGAUAGAGACCAUAACAGCUUAAAAGUAGAGAAUAUUAAGACGAAAAUUGUAAUACCAAAAUGUCGAGACUAUAAUAGUUUUUGAAUUAUAAUUUAAAGUUAGCGAAUCACUAAAAUUUGUAUUUCAGGCGUGAGACAAUACAAAGUGCUAAAAACGAAAGCUAAUUGUUAUCUCUUGUUUGUUGAAAUCGAUAUAAAAAUUACGCGUGUGUAAAUUUAAAUUUAUUGAUAUUUAUUAUAUUGAAAAAAUAGCCUCGACAUUUUGUUUUGAUAUUAUAUUUUCUCAAGAUGAUCUCAGGAAUCUCCAUUUAAAUGUUACGGUUUUUAUAACACCUUGUGUGUAUAUAUUUAUGUAAAAUUAGUAUAGGAAUUGCAUUUUAAUAUUUAAUUUAUCUGCGAAUAUAUUUUGUAUAUAUUAUGCAAAAUAAAUUAGCGUAUUUCCGUAGAGAGGGGAAUACAUCAUUUUUAAACAUCAGCAAUAUAAUGGCUUCAUUGAGCUUAGCAAAGUUACAUAUAAAAAAUAUACAUUUACGUAUGUAUAUUUCAAGGGUAAUUCUACGUUUAUAGGAACAAGGAAAUAUUGUAAAAUUCUUAUUUUCUGAAUAAUCCGAAAUAAUUCCAAAAUGAAACAUUAUUAUAAUACUAUAUUUCGCUUCAUUUCACAAAUAUAUAGAAACUAAUAUGAGGUGUUGGUAUAGAAACGUGCGUACAUACAAUAAUUAUCCAUGAAGAUAAUGUUCUAUCAAAUAUGAUAGUCGUUCUUUCGACGUGGACGAUCUCUUUUGUGUUAAUGAAGCUGAAUUAUAAUAGUGUGUGUUCAACAAUGAGAAGAAAUGAGACCAAAAAUUUUGCAUUUUCGUGUUGUAAUCGUUUUUCUAAUAUAAAUGUUCUCGUUGUAAUUACUUUCUCUUUGUCCAAAGUUAUUCUGUUCUAUUAGUACACAAUUAUAUAAAUAUGCACAUGCAUUAACACACACAUACAUAUAUAUAUAUAUUUUUGUAUACUUAUUUUUAUGAUAGAUGUUAAUUUUAUUUUUGUAUCACAAAUGCAUAUUUACAACAUAGAUAUUUUCACAUUUUUCUACGAACUUUCGGAUGUUCGACUUUUUUUUUUACAUAUCUGCAGUAAAAUGCAUUUGUGAUAAUUGGACGUGUACCCUGGGCAAAAUAACUUUGACAUUAUAUUGUACAAAACUUAGAGAUACACAUGUAAUGAUAACGACAAUUAUAAUACAAAAUAAAAUUUCAAAAGAGAAA